GAUAUUUGGAUGCAUUUCUAAGUUAUGACAUGUAGUGAUCUCACCAUGUGAUUUCUAAUUAUUUAUUCAGUUUUUUUUUUUGAUAAUAAUUAUUUGUUAAGUUGUUGUUUCAUUUAUGUGUGAUACUAGGAAUACAUUAAAAAAUUUCGUAUUGAUACCACAAUGAGAUUUUUCAAAUACUUUCUUACCCAAAUUUAUGAUUAAAGUUGAAGUUUUCAAACCCAUGCAAAGAUAAGGAAAAAAGAAGAUGACUAAGAAAGUCAACACCCGCGAAUUCCAUGCAUUGACUUAUACAUAUCACCAACAAUGGUGAGAAGUGAGAACGACCUUGUAUAUAAUCUCUGCCUUUAGAACAACAAAAAAAAAAAAUUAAUAAAAUAUUGUCUAUUUAUUCAUACUUGAAAAGAACAACAAAUUUGUAAUCUCUUUAUACUGAUAGACAUUAGACAGAAGAGAAAGAGCAAAGAAAAAAUGAGUUUCAAGUUCAUUCUAAUAACUAUGCUUAUACUUUUAUGCAUCGCAUCUUCCAAUUCGACCAUCACUCCAUUUUCUAGAAACCGAAAAAUUAUCGUUGAAGAAGGUGGAAAGAUUCACAUACACAAGGGAAAGAAGAUCACAGUAAAACCCAGCCGUUCACCUCCUGCAAAAGGCACUAAAAAUUACACAACAUAGUUGCAAUUGCUCUAUAUGUCAAUCAUUAAUUUAGGGCAUUUUGGCCCAUUAUACGAAUAUGUUAUUCAAUAGAUGUAGCCAUAUACGUAGUGAUACUUAGAAGAUUCAAUUGUGAUUGAUUUUGCUUA